UUACGGUCAUCGAAUGUAUAUGAUAACGCAAACGCAAAAACGAAUAAAUUCGGUUAAAGUAAUCCAGUAUGUAGUAAUUAAAUGGCUUUAUCGAGUUGAUGGACCAUUUAUGAAAUAUGCUCAAGAUCG